AACCCUAGCCGCCCGAUGCUCUUCGUCCCGCGCCAAGUCGCCCUCGCCGCCGCCUCCUCCUCUUCCUCCUCCCAGGCCCGCGCCGCCGCCGCCAUGGCCAAGGAGGAGCCCAAGAAGGAGAAGAAGAGCAAGAGCAAAAGCAAGGCGGCGGCCAAGGAGAACACCGCCGCCGCCGCCCCGGGACCGAGGGCCGCGGUGGUCGCCUCCGUCGCGGCCUUCCUCGAGGCCGGCGGGUUCCCGCGCACGCUCGCCGCCCUCCAAUCCGAGGCCGACCUCGAGGCAGGUGCUUGGAGGUCGUCGCCGGUGAACCUGGAAGAGUUGGUGGCCAAAUUCUUGGACUCGAGCAAUCCCACUCCGAUGGCUGUUGUCAUGGGAAGCGAUGAGCAAGGUAAAGCAACUGAUGGUGUAGCAGAAGACGGUGGCAAGAAAAAGAAGGGGAAGAAAACUGGUGCAGAGGCUGGUGAAUCUGAGAACAAAGUGAGCCCUUCUGCUCACGAGAAGCCCAGUGAAAAUGCGGGUGGUGAGGCCAAAGAGAAGAAACAGAAGAAGAAGAAGGAUGAAACUUCAGCUGCGAAUGCUGGUGGUGACAAAGCAACUGAAACAGUGAGGAAAGAUGAUCAUAAGCCUGAUGGCAAGAAGAAGAAAAGCAAGAAGCAGGAAAAGGAGGAUGACGUUGAAGCAAGGCUGGACAAGGUGGAAUUAGCAAUAAAAACCAAGUUUGAGGCAGCAGAAAAUCUCAAUGGGGAUGGCGAUAUGUCAAGAGAGGAAGAACCGAAGGUUCAGGAUGAUGAUGCUGACAAGAACAAUGGUGCUGUAGAAAAGGAGAAGAAGAAGAAGAAGAAGAAAGACAAAUCAGCCACCGAGACUUCAGUGAAAACUGAUGCAGGAGCUGUGCCUGCUGAUGCUGAUGGUGCCAAGGGAAAGAGUGGCGUUGUAGAGCCAGUGAAGGAUGAUAAUGAGAAAAAGGCCAAAAAGAAGCGGAAGAAGUCUGACCCUGAAGAAAAUGUUCAGGUGGAAGGUAAAGAGGUUGCAGGGAAAGAUUCAGUCCCAAAACCAGAGGAUGAGAACAAGAGUGGAAUGGAGAUUGAAGAAGGUGAUGAUGGAAAGCCAUCAAACGAGAAUGCAGUUGCUGGCAAAAAGAGGAAACUAGAAGAAGUUGAAGGAAGCAAUCCCCCUGCGACAGUGAAAGAAGAUAACACAGCUAACCAGAGUUUAACCAAUGGUUUUGCAGAGGAUAAAAUAAACCAGGACAGCAACAUAAAACCAAGUAAGAGGCAGAAACAUUCGUCUGAGCCAAAAACUGUGAAUCCUUUUCAACGGGUGAAGCUGGAGGAUGUCAAAUUUGCAGAUGAAAGGCUUCAGGAUAACUCAUAUUGGGCUAAGGGUGGUGCGGAUACUGGUUAUGGUGCAAAGGCGCAAGAGAUCCUUGGCCAAGUCAGAGGAAGGGGUUUUCGGCAUGAGAAGACCAAGAAGAAGCGUGGAACCUACAGGGGUGGACAAAUCGACCUACAAACCCACUCGAUCAAGUUCGAAAAUUCGGACGAGGAGUGAUCACUUAGCUUCCCCUAUGAUGGAAGGAGUCUACAACAUUUAGCAGUUCACCAUUUUUUAUGGCCAUUACCUAUCAGUCUUGCUGGGAGGAAGAAGUGAGGCGCGGUGGGUGGUGCUACGUGGUAAAGCGGAGGGCAAUUGUUGCAAUGUGCCGGUUUGUUGUGAUGGACAUCCUGCUAAGCCUGAGGCGUGGAUGUUUUGGGUUGGGCUCACUGAUGUAUCGAUCAAUUUUGCUACUGCUGAUGCGACAUAACGUUGCAACUACAUGCAUAUUGUGAACUUACCCGUGAUGCGCAUUCAGUCUGUAAUCCUUUUGGUUGCCUUGUCA